AUGAAUGACAGAGCAAAUGAAAAUUUAUUGAAGACAAAUUCGUACAACUUAGGUAUUGAUGAUAUCCAAAAUUUAGGUUCUAUAUAUUCUUUUCAAAAUAAGGAAAAAAUUGAAAAAUACAAUGAAGAAAUCAAACUAUUGAAACAACAAUUAAAUGAUUUGAACGAGAAAAUGGGAAAAUGUUAUAUACCUAAGACUAUUGAACCAACCAAAUUCCCAGAAUUAACAUUUUGGUUCUAUGAAUUAAAAGAGAUGAAAGAGUUUCAAGAUUUGGUAUUAUAUGAAAUAAAAAGGAAAAAGAGGCAUUUCAAAAUUUUAAGUCAAAGUUGUGUAAAAUAUUUAAGUAAUAAAGAAAAAUUGAAAUUAAAAAAACAAGAAGAAGAAGAAAAGAGAUUAAAAUUAUAUUCUAAAAAUAUAUCAUCUUAUAUGGAUUUAUUUUGGAAAAAGAUAGAGAAAUUAGUAUGGGAAGAAAAAAAAAAAGAAUUACAAAAAACAUUAAAUAAAAAAAAAGAAAUGCGAUUUAAAAAAUUUGUAAAAGGUGCAAUUAAAAAAAUAAAAUGUGCUAGACAUAAUGCUCAUGAAUUAUUUGAAAAUAAAUCAUUUAGUGUUAGUUCUUAUAAUAAUAGUGAACAGCUUAAUAAUUCUUCCAAUUUAGAUAAUUUAGAUAAAGAAUUGAAGGAAGAAGAUCUAACUGAUCAAGAAGAAGAAGAUAUUCUUUUAGAUGAACAAAUGGAAUCAAGUGAUGAAUUAGAAGAUAAAAAAAAAGAAAUUAGCUUAUUAGAUGAUGAAGCAAAUAUUCCAAUUGAAGAAUUAUUAAAAAAUAUUUAUGGGUUCAAAAGUGGAGAAGAAUAUUUAAAUUUAAUGCAGAAAAAGGAAGAAGAUUAUGAAGAAGGAAAUGAUGAAAAAGAUGAAGAAGAUGAAAAAGAUGAAGAAGUCAACACAAAAGGAAAAAAUGAAGAAAAAAAAGGAGAGAAGAUAAAAAAAGAAAAAUAUGAAGAAAAAAAAGAAGACCAGAUUAAAAAAGAAAAAUAUGAAGAAUAUUCGAAAGAUGAAAAGAAUGAAGACAAGAUAAAAAAAGAAAAAUAUGAAGAAUAUACGAAGGAAGAAAAGAAGGAAGAAAAGAAGGAAGAAAAGAAGGAAGAAAAUUUAAAAAAAGAAAAAUAUGAAGAAUAUUCUAAAGAAGAAAAGAAUGAAGAAAAUUUAAAAAAAGAAGAAUAUGAAGAAUAUUCGAAAGAAGAAAAAGACACUAAUGAAGUAAGUAUAAAAAAUAAAGAUGUUGAAAAUGAGAAAAAUAAAAGUAUUUUAAGAAAAGCAAGUAAUGAGAAUAAAAAUAAUGAGAAAAAAAGAAAAAUAGAGAAAGAAGAAUAUAAUUUAAGAAAGUCAAAAAUAUUAAAGAAUAAUUCUUCAAGUAAAAAAGAUGAAGAAUUGGUAUGUAAUAUGGAUGAAAAACAUUUAACAAAAAUUCCACCAAUUAUUAAAGCAACAUUACGUGAUUAUCAACAUGCAGGUCUACAUUGGUUAUUGUAUUUAUAUAAAAAUAAUAUUAAUGGUAUAUUAGCAGAUGAAAUGGGUUUAGGAAAAACAUUACAAUGUAUAUCUCUGUUAAGUUAUUUAGCUUUUUAUUUUAAUAUAUGGGGACCACAUCUCAUUAUUGUCCCUACUUCUAUUUUAAUUAAUUGGGAGAUUGAAUUAAAAAGAUUUUGUCCAUGUUUCAAAAUACUAUCAUAUUAUGGUAGUCAAAAUGAAAGAUAUAAAAAAAGAAUUGGAUGGUUUAAUAAUGAUUCUUUUCAUAUUUGUAUAUCUAGUUAUUCUACAGUAGUUAAAGAUCAUAUAAUUUUUAAAAGAAAAAAGUGGAAAUAUAUUAUAUUAGAUGAAGCUCAUAAUAUCAAAAAUUUCAAUACAAAAAGGUGGAAUAUUAUAUUAAGCUUAAAGAGAGAAAAUUGCUUAUUAAUUACUGGUACUCCUUUGCAAAAUAGUUUAGAAGAGUUAUGGUCUCUUUUACAUUUUCUUAUGCCUAAUAUUUUUACUUCUCAUUUAGAUUUUAAAGAAUGGUUUUCAGAUCCUUUAAAUUUAGCUAUACAAAAAAGUAAAAUUCAUGACUCCAAAGAAUUAAUUGAUAAAUUACAUACUGUUAUUAGACCAUACAUUUUAAGAAGAUUAAAAAAAAAUGUAGAAAAAGAAAUGCCAAAUAAGUAUGAACAUAUUAUAAAGUGUAAGUUAACAAGAAGACAAAAAAUUUUAUAUGAUGAAUUUAUAAAUAAUAAAAAUGUUCAAAAUACUUUAAACGCAGGGAAUUAUAUAGGUUUAAUGAAUAUAUUAAUUCAAUUAAGAAAAGUGUGUAAUCAUUGUGACUUAUUUACAAAUAAGUAUAUUCAAACACCCUUUUAUUAUAAUUUACCUAUCAACUUUUAUAUUCCUCGUUUUUUUAUUUUAUUUAAUAAAAAUUACUAUCUAGAUUUCUAUCUAAUUAUUUUUUUACAUAAUGAAUUCACUUCAAUGGGAGGAAAAUGUGUAAACAAAAAGAAAAAAGAAGAAGAUAAAGAAAAAAAUAUUUUAAUGAAUCCUUUAUAUUUUAACCAGGGUUAUAUUAAUGAAGUAACCACCAUUUUACCAAAUAUAAACAACUGUGAGCAGACUUCUUUUUGUGAUAAUUUUCAAAAUACAAAUAUAAUUCUAAAUGAUUCUUGCAAUGAAUCUAAUAUUAAUCUUAGCUGUAAUUUUCAACAUGUGCAAAAUAAUAAUAUUUUUGAUAAUAAUUCUCAAAUUAUGCAAAAUUCUAGCAAUUUUACGAAUUUUCAAAAUAUUCAAAGUAAUAAUAAUAUUGAUAACUUUCAAAAAAUGAACAAUUUUAACAUUGAUAAUUUUCAAAAUAUGCAUAAUAUUAAUAAUAUCAAUAAUUUUCAAGGUACAAAUAAUAUUAGUAAUUGUAACAAUUAUUAUAAUACACAAAAAAAUAAUUUUGAUAAUUUUCCAAAUUCAUCUAGUAAUAAGAAUUUUUGUAAUUUUCAAAAUAUUCCGAACAAUUUCUUCAUAUCUAAAGAUUUACAGAAUGAAAACUAUAUAAAUAAUGACUCAAUGAUAAAAAAUAAUAUACCUCAUUCUUAUUUAUUUCAAAACAUAAAUAACACAAAUAUUAACAAUUCGGAUAUUUCAGGAAACUUAAUAAAUGAAGGAAAUACUUUUAAUGAAAAAGAAAAUAUAUCUGUAAAUUUUAAAAAUACAUCUGUAAAUUUUAAAAAUACAUUUGUAAAUUUUAAAAAUACAUCUGAAAAUUUUAAAAAUACAUCACAUAUAGAUAUGAAUACAAAAGAUUUAAAUAGUUAUGUUUAUGAUGAAAUUUAUAAAAGCAAUAUUCCUAAAAAUCUUUUAACAUAUUCUGAUGAAUUUGUGAAGGAAUUAAAUAAUAAUUAUGAUAUAUUGUCAAUUUAUAUUGAUCCUUGUAAAAAGUAUAAAAGUUAUGAUGAGUAUUUAUAUAACAUGGAUAAAAGUGUUCAAACAAAUAUCUGUGAUAAUAUUAAUAAAUCAAAUAAUAAAAAUAUAUCUAAUGAAUUUAUGAAUUUAAAAAAAAGAAAAUUCAUAUACAAAUAUAAUAUGAAAGUUAUAAAUAAUGAAACUCAGUAUAGAAAUUUUUUUUUUGAUGAUACUAAUCAAAGUUAUGUAAAUUCAAUUGAACAUAAUUUAUGGAUAAAAAGGGAGAGAGAAUAUGAUAAAAUCAAAGAGGAAGAAAAUAAAAAAAAGUUUUCAUAUAUAAAUGAAUAUAAUUAUAUAAAAAAUAAUAGGACUCCAUUAUUUGGUAGUAAUUUAUUGCAUUUCAUUAAGAAAGAAUUUAAGAAAGAUAAAAAUAUAUCAUAUAACUAUAAUAACAAUAUAACCAUUGACUAUUAUACAAUGAAAGACGUGAAUAUACAAGACAUUACUGAAACGAAGGAAGAUUAUAUAGAUGUAGAAUUGAAAGAUAUAAAAAAAACUGAUAGUAAUAAUUAUGAAAACGUAUUAGAUGGAGAAACACAAAAAAAUAAAUAUAAUUUAAAUGAAGAUAUUAAGAGAAAUAAUAUAAAUGUUUCAUAUAUUCUUGAAACCCUAUUUCCUACUUUAGAAAAUUUUUUAAAAAAUUAUGAAAAAAUAAUUCAUAAUUUUAUUGUAGUAAAUAAUCCAUUAGUCAUUUGUAAUAAUCAUAAAAUAUCAAUAAAUAAUAAUUUAUUAAAUAAUAAUAAAAAAAUAGAUCCUAUAAUUAGAAAAAUAAAAGUAGCUACAAGAGUUUAUCAUAAAGCAUUCUUAAAACAGUCAAUUAUCUUUCCUUUAAAUAAAGAUAUAUCACUAGGAAGUGGUAAGUUGUUUGCUUUAGAGAAAUUAUUAGCGAAAUGUAAAAAGGAAGGAAAUAAAUGUUUAUUAUUUACUCAAUUUAUAAAGAUGUUAGAUAUUCUAGAAAUUUUUUUAAAUCAUUUAAAUUAUUCUUUUAUAAGACUUGAUGGUUCAACUAAAGUAGAACAAAGACAAAAAAUAGUAACCAAAUUUAAUAACGAUAAGUCAAUAUUUUUAUUUAUUUCUUCAACACGUAGUGGAAGUAUAGGAAUAAAUUUGAUUGCAGCAAAUGUAGUUAUUUUUUAUGAUACUGAUUGGAACCCAUCUAUUGAUAAACAAGCAAUGGAUAGAUGUCAUAGAAUUGGACAAACGAAAGAUGUUCAUGUGUUCCGAUUUGUUUGUGAAUAUACAGUUGAAGAAAAUAUAUGGAAAAAACAGCUACAAAAAAGAAAAUUAGAUAAUAUUUGUAUAAACAUGGGUAAUUUUAAUAAUUCCGAAACUAAUAACAUAAAUAAGGAUUGGUUCUCCAAUGUUGAUUCAAUUAAAGAGAUUUUCAUUAAUAAAAAAAACAAUGAUGAAGAUGACGAUAUAUAUAAAGACCGAUUAUUACAUGAAUAUUUAGAAGAUAAUGAAAAGACUAACUUUAGAUUUGAAAAAACAUUAGAACAUGUUGAAGACAAAGAUGAUAUCAAUGCAUUACAUGCAGCCAAAAAAGAAACACAACAUGUUAUAUCUCAGGAUUUGCAAGAAUUUACUAAUAAAAAUGAUUUCCAGGAAGUAUACAAUCUAACUUCUUACUGUUUUAAUUUUUUAAAUGAUAAUUUGACAGAUUCUUUAAAACAACAAAUUGACGAAAUGAAAAUGAAAAUUGAAAUUGAAAUGAUGAAUGGUGGAGGAGAUGAAAAUAUAUCAAUUAGUGAUUCAUCAAGCCAAAGUGAAGCUUCAAAACAUGAAAAUGAUUCUAAAGAUAUAGAAGAAACAUAA